AUGAACAUAUUCAGUAAACUUUCCGUAAUAGUCGCUGAACUUGCAGAGAUCGUCUGGAGCCAGAGAAAUGGGAGACGAGUUGCUGUGGGCGGUCAAGAACGGAGACCUGGAUGCCGUGGAGAAUGUCUAAAGAAGCCUGGGUUCAAUGUCAACAAUGAACUGAUGAACGGCCGAAAUGCCCUCCACUAUGCAGCGGACUACGGCCAGGCUGAGGUAGUCUCUCUUCUCCUCAAACUAAAGGCCGACAUCAACACUCCAGACAAGUUUGGAAUCACUCCACUGCUGGCUGCUGUAUACGAAGGUCACAAAGAUGUCGUGAAAGUCCUUCUCGAAAAAGGAGCAGACAAGUCAGGUAAGGCCCCAGACGGCUCCUCCUACCUGGCCUGUGCAGAAUCAGACGAGAUCAAGGCUCUGCUCAAAUAACACUAUGUACAUGAAGUAGUGGUAAGAGCCAGUUUAGUCACACCUACAUCAACAGUGACUAGAAACUUGGUCACAUCUCUUCAAUUAGUUUACACUUCAUCACAACACACGGUCUAACUGUUGUCAGUAGCUCUGGCCUGUGGUAUGUAUGGUAUUAGAGAUUUCGUCCAAAUUUAUUAGAAUUUCUCAUUUUUACUGGUUUUUUUGUGCAUUGUAACCUCUGUGAUGAUAUCAUUUGUGGAUGGUGCGUUUGUCAAUCGUUUAUUCAGAGGUUUAACUGAAUACAAUACGAUGCUAGUUAUACAAGGGUACACCCCUAUAAUAAGACUAGUGUAGUUUGUGGAUCAUCAACUAAUGAUGCAUCUUCUAUGACAGUUACUGCACUCUCUAGCUAUACUGCCCCGCCUCCUGACCACGCACACCAUACAGAAUAUGACCACGCCCACCAAACACACCUGAUGCCACGCCCACCACUGUGAACUUUGAACCUCAACAUUCUCUUCCAGAGUAACUUGGAUGGGUUUGGAGGGUCCGCUACGUAAAGUCUUUGACAUGGCACGGACUGUGAAGAUAUAAGUGACGCCUGGCGUUAACCCCGUAAUAGAUAAACUGGUCUCCAUGGCACCGAUCGUCGUGGUAACUGUAUCAAUGGUGUAAAUGCGACAGCGAGAUAUUACGUAGCCGGUGAUGUCGAAAUAGCUGCGAUGUUGUUGCCAUGUUAGCUCCACAGUGUCGGGUCUUGUCUGAGACACACUCAGAAUAUUGGGAGGCGG